AUGACGUUCAUUGGGAGCGUAUUUGGUGACGGAACGUGGUACCAUACAUGGUCCGAACUCUUCCCGUUGAAGCGUAAUGGAGCAGCUCCAGUGCAUAACAGCAACUACCACAUUGACAAUCAAACACAACGUUUCUUAGAGAGAUACUUUGAUGCGUUCUACAUGGCAGAUGUUGGCGGUGAGCCAUUCAACGAUAUAUGCAUUUUACGACAUAGCAACACACUCUGUACCGUUGGUUUGGCACCAGCUCACCACUUGUUCAUGGGCUGUAAAGAACAGCCUUUGUCGGUUGAUGGGAACUCUCUGACACCGCACAACUUACUUGGUGUGGACUUCAAAAUAAGUGACAAGGUCCACCGCCUUCACAACAAAAUGAGUGGUCGGCGAAAACACGGUGGACAGACGGUCGGCCGGGCCCCGAACGUCUUGGCGUUUGCUUUGCGAUCGAUCCGUGAGGCCCAAGCUUAUGUGUGGCAUUCUUGGUCGUCUGAUAUGAAUGAAUAAAGGUUUAUCGUAUCCUCCGAUUCAUUCAGGUGAAGGACUCUCCUCUUCUUCGGAUUUCGUCUCCGUCUCUUUCCCAACGCCCUUGGCACCAUUGUUUGAUUCUGCGGGCUUGACUGAACAACAGGUCGGACCAUAUCUGUGCAUCAUAGCUCCUUCACGCUUGCCCCGUGCUUCUCGAAAGCGCCCUUUUACAAAAAGCUCUGCUGAACCCUCAGAUACUUCAUGCCGCGUUGAGCCUAACCAUCCUGAAUGUUCAAGGGAAGAUGGCUCAGAAAGCGAUUGUUCGGAUUCAGACAAUGACAGUCUUUCAUAUCUGCGUAGACUAACUGGCGAACGGGUGCUUAACUGGGUGCAAUACAGCAAAUUGAGGGGAUUAUAGUAUGGUGUCAGGGUUUUUUUUGUGUCAGACGGCUUAUUGUUACUAUUUAUUUCAAUGGCGUACUCCUUUAGAACGAACAUUUGUUCUGACGGUUAUCUUUUCAGUAUCCUCUGAUGGAGAUCCUUGGGUUAAUGGGUUCCGUUUUUCAGUGAACGAACUUUGUCAGAAGUUGGUGUAAUAAUAUUUUCGGUCUAACUAGAAAUCGAAUUUUGGAGGUGAAGAAUGUACAAGUGAGAUGUUUUACUUGUGAACUAAUUACUGAGGAGUACCCGUCCGUUUGGAUGAUGCGUUUCUACCUUGAUCGGAG